UAGCCAUUGGUCCAUGGUGUAUGUACGCUAUCCAAAAAGAUUACACGUGAAGCGUGAGGGAAUGUUGGUUGGUGAAAAGGCCGUGGCAGUGUAUUACUAUUAGGGUUGAUGAACGAGAAAGCUUUGGUAAAAUAAUUAUCUGAUUGAAAGGUACGCCAUGAACCGCACGGUAACCAAGCGGCCCGGCGGGGGGAAGAACCGCGGCGGUGGACGAGGGGGCCACGGUAGUCAGUACGCCGGCCCCAAGACAAAGUCCCGGGGCGGCGGCAGAGGCGGCGGCGGUGGCGGCGGCGGCGGCGGCGGCGGCGGCGGUGGUGGUGGCAGUCGGAAGGGCGGCGAUCUGGACUACGACGAGGAUGCUGUGGUGGUGCAGCAGAGGGACCAGCGGCCCAGGAACAACCGGGCGGCCCCGGCUGCUCCACCGCCGCCACCUCCACAGCCCGUUAUCAAACGAAAAGUGGAGAUGAAGCGACUCUACAUGAACCCUGCCACGCAGAAACUCCUCACCGAAACUCUGCAGGAGAUCCAGGGAAAGCGUUUCUCCGUCGAUGACGUCAGUGUGUCAGAGGGCCGCGGCGACCUGAGCCGGCAGUACUGGAUGCACGACCGGCACCUGGUGGUGGAGGGGGCGCGACUGCACGCGCCGGGGGACGUUCGAGAGGCAGACCCGGAGGCAGAGUUUCGUCAGUACGCCAUGGAGCAGCUGCAGAGGUACGGCUUCCACGAGUCGCGGUGCGCGGCGGCGCUGGAGGCGGAGGGCGGUCAGCUGGAUGCCGCUCUGGACCGCCUUCUAUCCGAGUGUUUCCGUCUCUCCCUGUCUUCCCCGCACCCGCCGGGCGGCGACGAAAGCUACCUCUCCGAACGGCACGACGAACUGACCGCGCUGCAGGCGAUUUAUGCUGACAGUUUUGAAGAGCGUGUGCCUAACCGGCUGUGGAGCGUAUGGCUCGAUCUAGGCUUCCUGAGUAAGGCAUUCGGGCACCGCACGCGCGAACCCUCGCCGCCGCCCGACCGGCGGCCGGCGUGCCGCUAUUUCGCGCGGGGUCGGUGUCGAUACGGUGCGCGGUGCCGAGACUCGCACGCGCCGCCCGGCGGUCGGCCGCGCACCCCGGAGCACCUGCGGCGACCCGAGGAGCCGGCCAGGUUCCGCCUGGAGCUGCACCUGCCGCCCGACAGUUGGUACCCGCACGAGCCGCCGCUGCUGGCGCUCUGGUGCGAGUGGCCGGCGUUCCCCGCUCAGGUGUGUCUCCAGCUGUCUGCCUGGCUGACGGAGCAGGCGCGCCAGCUGACCGCCGACGGCCUGCCGGUCGUGUUCGCGCUCAUCAGUCAGCUGGAGGACCAGGAGGCGGUACUGGAGGCGGCGCGCGGCCGCUACCACCCGCACAGUCUGCCGGCGGAGCUGGCCGCCGCAGCGCCCCGGCUGGACGAGCGUGUCACCGCGGCCCCGGCCGCCGCCCGCAGCUCGGUGCUGAAUGGUACUGACCAGUCCCCUGGACCCCGGUCAGCCGGCCGGCGGCGGCGAGACGUGGACCAGCUGAGGCAGAGGUUCGCUGAGAAGGUCCACGACAAAUCGUAUGUGGAGUUCCAGGAGGCGCGCAGCAAGUUCCCCGCCUGGGGACAGCGGGAGAAUAUCGUCAACGCUCUGAAGAAAAAUCAGGUGCUGAUCGUCAGCGGUAUGACUGGCUGCGGCAAGUCCACUCAGGUGCCGCAGUUCCUGCUGGACCACUGGCUGGCCACCGACUCGACCAGCGACGUCAGCCUGGUGUGCACGCAGCCGCGGCGAAUCUCGGCCAUCGGCGUGGCCGAGCGCGUGGCUCAGGAACGGACGGAGAAGGUCGGGAACACCGUGGGAUAUCAGAUCCGCCUGGAGAGUAAGAUGUCGUCGUGGACGCGGCUGCUGUUCUGUACCACCGGUAUUCUGCUCCGGCGACUGGAGGCUUCUCAUACACUGGAGGGCGUAACGCACGUCAUUGUGGACGAGGUGCACGAGCGUAGCGAGGAAAGCGACUUCCUGCUGAUGAUCCUGCGAGACCUCCUGCCCAAGCGGCCCGACCUGCGUCUCAUACUGAUGUCGGCCACUCUGGACGCCAAGCUGUUCUCGUCGUACUUCGGUGGAGCGCCCGUCAUAGAUAUACCAGGUAAAACGUUCCCGGUGACUCAAUUCUUCCUGGAGGACGCCAUAGAGUUCAGUGGGUUCGCGCUGGAGGAGAACUCUCCCCACGCGCGCCGGGAGCGGGACCUACUGACCUCGGACGAUGAGAGUGGUCGGCCGGUGGACUGGCGGCGGGAACUGGACCUCAGCGGCCGGCUGGAUCCGCCGCCCAGCAGCCGGCGGGAUGAGACGCUGCCUGUCAGCCUGCUGUCACAACGAUAUGCUGACUACUCGGAGCGGACUCGUAAGGCGCUGGCGCUCACUGACCCGGAUAAGAUCAACUACGACCUGGUGGAGUCGGUUCUGGCGUGGCUGGCGGACGGGGAUCACCCGCACCCGCGCACCGGAUCUAUACUGGUGUUCCUGCCGGGUCUGGCGGAGAUAAUGACACUACACGACCAGCUGCUGGGCCACCGGACGCUGGGGAAGCGCGCCGGCAGGUUCCUGCUGGUGCCGCUUCACUCCAGUCUCAGCAGCGAGGAGCAGCAGCUGGUAUUCAGGAAACCCAAGGCGGGAGUGCGGAAAAUCGUCAUCUCCACAAACCUGGCCGAAACUUCAAUCACUAUCGAUGACUGCGUGUUCGUGGUCGACUGCGGAAAAAUGAAGGAGAAAAUGUUCGACCCCCAGCGGCGGAUGGAGAGCCUGGAGACGGUGUGGGUGUCGCGCGCCAAUGCCGACCAGCGCAAGGGCCGCGCCGGCCGCGUCAUGCCCGGCGUGUGCUUCCACCUCUACACCAGCUACAGGUACCGUCACCACAUCCGCUCCCAGCCCAUACCGGAGAUCAAGCGCGUCCCCCUGGAGCAGCUGGUGCUGCGCAUCAAGAUCCUGCCGCUCUUCACCGGCAAGGACGUCAACAAGGUGCUCGGUCGAGUACUCGAGUCCCCCGAGGCGGGCAGUAUCUCGGCGGCCGUGCGCCGCCUUCAGGAGCUGGGCGCUCUCGAUCACCAGGGUCAGAUGACGCCGCUCGGAUACCACGUGGCCGCGCUGCCCGUUGAUGUCAGGAUCGGGAAGCUGCUGCUGUUUGGCGCCGUGUUCCGCUGUGUGGACGCCGUCACCACCAUCGCCGCCUGCCUCAGCUUCCGCUCGCCGUUCGUAUCGCCGUUCUCUCGCCGCGCCGAGGCUGACGCCCGACGGAGGGCGUUCGCAGUCGGCAACAGCGACCAGCUGACCAUGCUGAAUGGAUACAGGGGUUGGAGGGAGGCCACUGAACGCUCCUCAGCCGCCGGCUACAACUUCGCCCAGGAGAACUUUCUACAGGUGAAGACGCUUGAGAUGCUGGCUAGCAUGAAGAACCAGUUUGUCGAGCUGCUGAGCAGUAUUGGGUUCGUGCCGGCCGGCCUGACGGCCCGGGAGCUGGCGAGGCGGGCGCGCGGGCGAGCCGACGGCGUGCUCCAGGCCACCGACCAACAGCUGAACGAAAACAACGACAACAGCCGCUUGGUGUCGGCGGUGCUGUGCGCGGCGCUCUACCCGAACCUGGUCAAGGUGCUCAAACCGGAGACCACCUACACCAAAAGCGAGGGCGGCGCGCUGGCCAAAGACACCAAACACGACGAGCUCAAGUUUAAGACCAAGGAGGACGGCUAUGUGUUCAUUCACCCCGUCUCGGUGAACGCCAAGGUGAACAAGUUUGAGUCGCCCUACCUCGUCUACAACGAGAAGGUGAAGACGUCUCGUGUCUUCAUCAGGGAGUGCUGCAUGGUACCCGUCUACCCGCUGCUGCUGUUCGCUGGUGACGGCAUUGAGGUGGAAAAGCACGGAGAGGAAUACAUCGUCUCCCUGGACGAGGGCUGGAUCAAACUCACCUGUCCGACGCAAACGAUCGCCGCACUACUCAAGGAGCUGCGCGGGGAGCUGGAUCGCCUGCUGGGAGAGAAAAUCGAAAACCCCACUCUGGAUCUGGCCGCCUGUCCGCGCGGACAGCGCGUUAUCGCCGCCAUCGUCACGCUCGUCACGGCCGAACACUGACGUCACGGUGACGUAACGUGACGUGGCGGCGGCCCGUGAGGAGGGAGAUACUGCACAACAUGGCGUCCGAGGUGUCGCGCGGAGGUGAGACGCCACGCCUCGGGGCGGGGCUCUCCGGAAUGUCAUACGAUAGCCGUGGCUAUCGUUACGGCUAGGGCGUUGGCCGAAGGCCCCGCCCUGGGUGCUAUCAUACCUCAGAGCAGGCGUGGAGUUUAACGUUCGUGAGUGAGGCCCAUCUCAGUGUCACUGUUAUGCGCAUGGGGGCGGUAAUGAUGACAGCUGACAUCCCCCCUCGACUGCGGACGCCGGGCCUUAGUUCUAGUCGACGCUAAUGACAUGGCCUGCUACGGCCAAAAAUAGCUCGUGUUUUGAAUAUCCUACCCAGUAUGAAUUAUUGAAAUGCUAUUUUUCAUAACACUCGACUCGUCCUUAAGUAUAGUUUUGUACUGAGCGAUUUGGACACGUCCUGUGUCAGCUGGGUUUUCAGCUCAUCAGGCCUGUUAUGAGCUAAUUGCAGCUCAAUUGUUCAGGUGUGGGCUAUGUGUAGCUCACCGCUGCGGUCGUCAGAUGUCUGCAGGUUACCUGUCUUGCGAGCUAUCUGCAGCUUAAACUGCGCAGAUUUCUGACAACUAACGUGAUACGCUUGACUGGUUCUCUUAUAGGAGGGGUUUGUACCGGUGAAGCUGAUGGACUUGUUGACUGUUAACCUGUUGAAUGCAUUGUGUGCUAUAAAUGGUACGGUCUUUGGA